AUGCAAAUAGCAUUUGUGGACCAAUAUGUCGGCUCAGUUCCAAUUACUCGACGAGAGGAGGAAAAAGGAAAGAAGCCAGGAUUGCUUCCGAUAUUUUACGGCCGAACGACUAGUCGUCGAGAUUAUAACGCAUUGUGGAAAACAGUUUUAGUGCUGCCACCAGCGGUCCUCAUAGUUUCCUCAAUGCAAAAUACAUUAUUUCUAUCAACUACGAUUCUUCUACUCGUUGGAUUGUUCUUUCUUUCCUUUUUUUCAUCGACCGAAGCCAUUCUUCUCUAUCCCUCUGGUUCCGUAUUUCAGGUUGAAUCUACGAUCGUCAUUGCAAGGCACGUUAGAGAUCUUCGAGAUACCUAUUCGACGAUUGAAAAUUUAUUGGAGGAAUAUGGCUGGGGAAAUGGAAGAGAAUGCCUUUUAAGGAGUAUUUGCGAACUUGCGGAAGUUCCGUUUCUCAGGAGAGAAGAGGAUAUCGUCGAAGAAACGAUACAUUUAAUUUUAACACCGACUGAGGACUUGGCAAUCUCGGUUAAUUCCACUCAUCGGAGCGUUGAGGAGUCGUACAGGGAGGCUGAACGAUUGGGGAAGUCUGGCGUUGACUGCACGCUAACGUAUCCCAAUUGCAUCGAAUCACCUCUGAAAUCAUUCACCGAAAUCUUAUUUCCUUAG